CGAGCGUCAAUCAAGUCUCUGUUUAUUUAUUUUAUGUGUCAUUAAUUAUCAUUCUAGUGUGUACAUAAUCAGAACCUCCUCGCUUGACGCUGACACCAUCGAGUUCAAACACCAGUCAUCACACCCAAUUGAAUAUCACACUCAUUGCUCGUAGCAAUCUACAAAAUUUGCAAUAAUAAUUCAGUUCAGUUCGCAAAAAGCGGACCAUUUUACGCUGAACUGUUCAAUAUGCAACAAGAUAGAGCGCGUCGGACUCGAGAAGAGGUUGACUGCUCUCUACCUCCAUGCAAAUUAUACCCGAGCCUAUAUAUCGUUCUUGAAAAGCAGGCCGACGGCGAGCCCAACCACUGGUCCCUCUUCGUUGCUCACGAAAAUCAGAAGGGAAAUCAGUACCAGGUCCAUGGAGAUGCGGAGAACAUGCAUUAUCUGCAUGCACAGAACGUUGGACUGUUCUCAACUGAGAACUAUUUCACGUCAUACAGUAUCGUUGAGAGCGUCCCGCCUGCUACAGAAGAUUUGGUUCGCGAUUGUGCGGACUCGGAGCCGCCUCCUUCAGCCCCGAAUCGAGCUGCAGUAACAGAGAAUUGCCAAGCUUGGGUUUGUCGCGUGUUGACCCGUCUUGCGCAGCAAGGAAUUGUGAAGGAGGAAAAGGUUGCCAGUGCUCGACGUAUGGUCGAACCUAUCAACUGAGACCAUGGUUGGCGACCGUCUCGAAGCCUAUCCUGGAAGAAUCACUGUAAUCACAAACAUCUCCGCACUCAAAGUACUUUUACAGAACCAGCGAUAGCUCAACUAGGGCGUACGCGCUUUGAGAAUCCUCUUAAACGCAACAUCCUGAAGAUCAUGAAUAGUGCCAAGGAUAUAAAUACUACUCGAUUAAAGAUUGAAAAAGCAUUUUUUGGCGUUUUUUCCAAUUGUUAUAG